UGUUCUUCGACCGGGAGAAGGGAAUCUGAGCCAUAUGGGGUCCUGCGAGGCGCCUCUUCUUUCCGGUCCCCCCCCCCCCCCCGCUGGAGGGAGAGCCUGGCUUUUGCAUGUCUGCAGGAGAGUGCUUUCUCCAACACUGCUGGAGGUCCAGAGCAGCCCCACUAGAGACUGCCAGCAAGGAAGCACCCAGAAAGCUACUCUGCCUGGAGACCCUCGCUCAUUCUCUGUGCCCUGGGCAGGACAGCUGCCAGGAAUGGAUGAUGAACUGGGGCCCAUUUUCCCCUUUCAGAGAUCUGCAAUGUCCUUUGAGGAGGUAGCCGUGUUCUUCACACAAGAGGAAUGGGCUCUGCUGGAUCCGGUUCAAAGAAAUCUCUUCUGGGAAGUUAUAGAGGAAAUUUACGAAACUGUGGCCUCUCUGGGGAACUAUAUUUCCCAGAAGUUCUUGCGAGUACCAGAUAAGUCAACCCUGCCUUUUCUAGGUGUUCAUGGGGUGGUUUUUCCUCGAGGAGGAGAAGGAAAUGUAUGGAAUAUGCAGUUCCGUGGGACCUCUCUUCUUUCUCCUUCCCUCUGGCUGGAGGAAGAAUUUGGCUUCUGCACCUCUGCAGGAAAGAGAUCUCCAGUGUCCUUUGAGGAGAUAGCCAUGUUCUUCACGGGGGAGGAAUGGGCUCUGCUGGAUCCAAGCCAAAGAAAACUCUUCUGGGAAAUGACGAAGGAAAAUUUUGAGAUGGUAGCCUCUCUAGUUGCAGGUGUGAGGGAGAUGAUCAAUGAGAAGGACUCAGGAAAGGUGGUUGUGGAGAAAGAAAAUGAUGUCCAUGUGGAAGUGAAAUCUGGGAAUGAAGUUGUACCCAAACAAGACUGUAGACUGAAAUGGGAAGUAAAAGAGAAGGAGAGGAAGGAAUUGCUUGGUUGUCAAAGGACAAAUAAACCUGAAGUCUCAGCCCAAAAUGAAACUUGGAAGAGCAAGAGAAGGCAUCAGGAUUCCAUGAAGCAAAAAGGGCUCAGCUGCAAAUACCGUGUUAAAAAAUAUCAGAAUGUUACAACAUUUUGGAAAACGUAUACAUGUUUGGAGUGUGGAAAGUGCUUCUCUCAGAAUAGUCACCUAAAAGCACAUGAAAAAAUUCACACAGGGGAGAAGCCUUAUAAAUGCUUGGAAUGUGGAAAGUGCUUCUCUCAGAAUGGCAACCUGACUGCACAUGAAAAAAUUCACACAGGGGAGAAGCCAUAUAAAUGCUUUGAAUGUGGAAAAUGCUUCUCUCAGAAUGGCAGCCUAAAUAAACAUGAAAAAAUUCACACAGGGGAGAAGCCAUAUAAAUGCUUGGACUGUGGAAAGUGCUUCUCUGCAAAUUGCUAUCUAACUGUACAUCAAAAGAUUCACACAGGGGAGAAGCCAUAUAAAUGCUUGGACUGUGGAAAGUGUUUUUCUUAUGAUAUUUCCCUAACUAAACAUCAAAAAGUUCAUAUAGGGGCAAAGCCAUGUAAAUGCUUGGCGUGUGGAAAGUGUUUCUCUCGGAAUGGUUGCCUAACUAGACAUCAGAAGAUUCACACAGGGGAGAAGCCAUAUAAAUGCUUGGAGUGUGGAAAGUGCUUCUCUCAUAAUAGCCACCUAGCAACUCAUCGAAAGCUUCACACAGGGGAGAAGCCAUAUAAAUGCUUGGAGUGUGGGAAAUGCUUCUCUCAGAAUGGUAGCCUAACUAGACAUCAAAAGAUUCACAUAGGGGAGAAGCCAUAUACAUGCUUGAAGUGUGGAAAGUGCUUCUCUCACAAUGGUUGCUUAAGUAGACAUCAGAAAGUUCAUACAGGGGAGAAGCCAUGUAAAUGCUUGGAGUGUGGAAAGUGCUUCUCUCAGAAUGGUCACCUAAUUGCACAUCAAAAAAUUCACUCAGGGGAGAAGCCAUAUAAAUGUUUGCAGUGUGGAAAGUGCUUCACUCAGAAUGGCCACUUAAGUGCACAUCAAAAGAUUCACACUGGGGAGAAGCCUUAUAAAUGCUUGGAGUGUGGAAAGUGCUUCUCUCGGAACAGCCACCUAACUGCACAUCAAAAGUUUCACACAGGGAAGAGGCCCUAUAAAUGUUUAGAAUGUGGAAAGUGCUUUUUUCAGAAUGGUGACCUAAGUAAACAUAAGAAAAUUCACACAGGGGAGAAGCCGUAUAAAUGCUUGCAGUGCGGAAAGUGCUUCUGUCAGAAAAGCUACCUAAGUGUACAUCAAAAGAUUCACACUGGGGAGAAGCCAUAUAAAUGCUUGGAGUGUGGAAAGUGCUUCUCUCAGAAUAGCUAUCUAACUGUACAUCAAAAGAUUCACACUGGGGAGAAGCCAUAUAAAUGCUUGGAGUGUGGAAAGUGCUUCUCUCAGAAUGGCCAUCUAACUACACAUCAAAAGAUUCACACCGGGGAAAAACCAUAUAAAUGCUUAGAGUGUGGAAAGUGCUUCUCUUGGAAUGGUUACUUAACUGUACAUAAAAAGAUUCAUACAGGGAAGAAGCCAUAUAAAUGCUUGACAUGUGGAAAAUGCUUCUCUUUGAAUGGCCAACUCACAAGACACCAGAAAAUUCACACAGGGAAGAAGCCAUAUAAAUGCAUGGAGUGUGGAAAGUGUUUCUCUGAGAAUGGCAAACUAACUGUACAUCAAAAGAUUCAUACAGGAGAGAAGCCGUAUCAAUGCUUGGAAUGUGGAAAGUGCUUCUCUCGGAAUGACUACCUAACUGUACAUGAAAAGAUUCAUACAGGGGAGAAGCCAUAUAAAUGCUUGGAGUGUGGAAGGGGCUUCCUUCAGAAUGGUGACCUAACUAAACAUCAGAAGGUUCACACAGGGGAGAAACCAUAUAAAUGUUUGGAAUGUGGAAAAUGCUUCUCAUGGAAUGGUUACCUAACUGCACAUCAAAGGAUUCACACAGGGGAGAAGCCAUAUAAAUGCUUGGAGUGUGGAAAGUGCUUCUCUCAGAAUUGUGAUCUAACUAAACACCAGAAAAUUCAUACAGGGGAGAAGCCAUAUAAAUGUUUGGAAUGUGGAAAGUGCUUCUCUCAGAAUAGCUACCUAACUACACAUCAAAAAAGUCACACAGGGGAGAAGCCAUAUAAAUGCUUGGAGUGUGGAAAAUGCUUCUUUCAAAAUGGUCACCUAACUGCACAUCAAAAGAGUCACACAGGGGAGAAGCCAUAUAAAUGCUUGGAGUGUGGAAAGUGCUUCUCUCGGAAUGGUUGCCUAACUAAACAUCUAAAGGUUCACACAGGGGAGAAGCCAUAUAAAUGCUUGGAGUGUGGAAAAUGCUUCUCUCACAAUGAUUGUCUAAUUAGACAUCAAAAAGUUCAUACGGGGGAGAAGCCAUAUAAGUGCUACGAGUGUGGAAAAUGCUUCACUUGGAAAUGCUACCUAACUGUACAUCAAAAGAUUCACACAAAGGAGAAACCAUAUAAGUGCGUGGAGUGUGGAAAGUGUUUUUCUCACAAUGGCUACCUAUCUAAACAUCAGAAGGUUCACACAGGGAAGAAGCCAUUUAAUUACUUGAAUGAUGAAAGAGUUGAACUGAUGUCUUACACCAGAAGUUUCACACUGGCAAAGAGCCAUCCAAUUACAGUUAGCAUGCAUGAAACCAGUGGUAGUGGCUGACCGCCUUAAGGUAGCUGUCCUUGACCAGAUUCAACUCUAUGCCCAUUUACUUCCUUUGUCUCUAUCCUUCCUGCUUUUCCUCAACAAAAUGUACAUAACACUGCUGUUGAGCAAGACCUACAUAAUUUUCUCUAAAACCUGCUCUUUUGGGGGAUAAAAUCCUGUUAUUAAUAUAACAUUAUUAUAACUUGGGCAGUGAGAUUGAUGAAUCCAUCAUUUUUCCUCUUACAAAAUGGAAGAAUAGUGCAAUUUUCCAGCAGGAAGUUAGAAUAAUAUGAAACAAUGCCAUAUUGUGGAUUGAAUUUCAAGGAGGCUACUAGCAAUUGCAACUAAAGGGAAUUUCCAUGUUCAGAGGCAGUCAACAUUUGAAUAUCAGUGCUAGGAGCAACGUCAGGGAAAGGCCUCAUUCUCUUUGCUUGGUUGCUGACUUUUCAGAGAAGCAUUUGAUCAUUUGUGUGAGCUGAUUUGCAGGACUGUAUGGAUUAUUGAUCUGAUCCAGCAAGGUUUUCUGGAAGUUUCUACAUUCUUAAAUACCUGUCCUCUUCUUGGAAGACCAACGCCCAGUGUCAGCUGUGGUCUGUAUCCAUUAGGGCUACAAUAACCCUUUGUAAUUGCUUCUUCCCACCCCUGAAUGCCACUGACAGGUGGUGGCCAUAUCUGAGGUAGAGGUAUCCUUGGGAGAAAGGGUCUCCUCCAAAGUUAGGAAAAGGUGACCGGAGUUGGGAACUGCCAGGAGAAAGAGGGAUAAAAGUCCGGAGAAGGAGGAAGAGUGAAGGAACUAUAACCCCAGUGAGAAGUGGGAGGCAGUAUCUCUACCCAGGAAUACAGUUGGUAUUCCCUGUGGGGACCUUGAGACUUCAGUCUCCUCAAGAUUUCCAUCUGCAGGAUGGGGGCAGCAGCUGGAAACUGCUGAAAAGGACCAUGGGAACAGCUUGUGCAUGAAGCAACCCUUGAACCUGGAUUGAACCAGGAGAGGAGGAAAUGGGAAAAUUGAUCAGUUAAAAGUUACUUCUGUGCAUUUCUCUGGCGUGUUGGUUGUCUGUGUGGAAGACUGGAGUGAAUGGGAUACUCAGUGGGAAGAUGUCCCUGGUGUGGGUACUUAACUGUCAAUCAUUAUUUUAUUUUAUUUCCGUAAGCCAUUGGUAUUUGCUAAUUCAAAGUGGUAAAUUUCAUUUGUUUAAUUUUGAUUCUUAACACAUGGCCAUGUGAGAAUGGUGGAGUAUAAACGUCAUAAAUAAAAUGGUUUAAUAUAA